GACUUGGUUGGUGCAGCUUUAGGACUGAUCAGACUGCAAGAGAUCUACAAACUCCACCCAAAAGACAUCACAAAGGAAACAUCACUAGAUGCAAAUGAAGCCUACAAUGUGGGGUUGGUCGCUUAUGAUGAGGACCUCCACGAGGCAGAGGGCGCUGUCCUGUAGGUACAGCACAGGUGGAGGAAACCCCAGACUGAUGUUCGCACCAGUGAAAGAGGAAGUGGAGUGGGACGAGCCUCGCAUCAUCAGAUAUCAUGACAUUAUAUCAGACAGAGAGAUAGAGAUCCUGAAGAAUAUCUCCAGACCUCAACUUUCCAGAUCAGAGGUUUAUGAAGAUGGAGAGGUUUCAACCUCAUCUCACCGUGUUUCUCAAAGUGUUCCUCUAUACAAUGAUCCUAUGGAAGCUCGUGUCAGUCAGAGGAUUGCAGAUGCUACAGGACUCUCCAUGGAAACAGCUGAACCACUACUGGUUCAGAAUUAUGGGAUUGGUGGCACAUUUGAACCGCAUCAUGAUCCAUUGGAGACCGUGAAUGACAGAAUUGCUACAUUCCUAAUUUAUAUGAGUAAUGUGGAGAUAGGGGGCGCCACUGUGUUCCCUGAAGUUGGAGUUGCAGUGCAGCCGAAAAAGGGUUCAGCCGUGUUUUGGUACAAUCUCCACAGAAAUGGUGAACUGGAUCAGAAAACGGAGCAUGCUGGAUGCCCUGUGUUAGUGGGCAACAAAUGGGUGGCUAAUAAAUGGAUCCAUGAGUUUGGACAGGAGUUCAGGAGACCCUGUUCUUUGUCAGAAUGGGAGUGAAAGACUCUACAGGGCCUGGAAUCAUAUUGUAAGGAACCCUGCUUCGGCCCAAAAACGGAAUCCGACGGCCUGGGCGAAGGUUAACGCGUGUAUGCCUUUUCAGCGCAUCUGUGAAGUUCACUUAAUUUCACUUGUUUAAUCUGACUCCAAUUUUAAAUGAUUAUUACUCAUAGGUUUUGUUCCCAAUUGGAAAUUAAUCAUUUGUUAUGUAUUAAUUUUGAUUUUUGAUUAUUCUGGGUAUCUCAUAUUUUCAAUUAUUUGUUCAUUACGGACCCAUAUCACUUAGAAAAGUCACUUCGGCCGGUGAGUGCCCUUCACGAUCACAAAUUCACCAGUUCUGAUCUUAGUCAGAGGGUGCAGAGUUUACUAAUGCAUUUGAGUUGAACUGCCACAUGCUUGUUCAUAAAAAAACAUAGUUUUCUUAGUCACGAUACUGCAACUUGCUAAGCCAGUUGAUAGAUAAAAAUCAAAAAGUCCCAUGAUGUGCCAACAUGCUCCUUUCAUGGGCCUUUAGUUUGAAUCUAUCCUAACGCAGAUUUGCGGAAAUAUGGACUCCAAUAAUCUACUGGUCAUAAUGAUUUCAGAAGAAUCCAGAGUAAAUCAAAUAUAACAUUUUAUUUGUCAAGUAAAAAUGUAUCAUGUCAAUUUCAUAGUUGGACAAUUAGAAGCCAAUUCAGAAAUAAUAAAUGCAUAACAUCCAUUGAAAUGCACAUGCACACAGUGGUGGAUUAGUGUUUGAAGACACUUGUCCAUCACUGUGUGGGGGUCUCUGGCUACAGAAAAUCCCCCCUGACUGCUUUGCACUUUACCUUAUAUACAGACCAGAACAAAAGGGUUGUAAAUAUUUAUUACACCAACACCUGUUUUGGGGGAGAGGAUUGGGUGUUUCAACACCCAAAAGGAGGACAGAAUUCUCCUUAGUUUUUAAUCUUCUUCAUAAUACCAGUGACUGCUGUGAAAUUGAGACCAUUUUACCAAUCGCACUGAGACAUUUAAAAUGAUACCAAACAUGAAAGGAAAAAACAAUAGAUACACCAGAUACAUUAUACUUCUUGGAGAACUUUCAGUGACUUGAGUCAGGGGGAAAGGAAGGAGGGUGAGUGUGUUUUGGGGGGAGGGCUAUUGCAUCCUGUAGAUGUGUGAGGGCAAGGCAUUGUCCUAUGCUAUCUCUUUGAGAUCUUCUCUCCAGAUGAGUUUUAUUGCUUUAUUGCAGGGUGCUUGAUCUCAGUUUUUGUCUUAGCAGGAAAAUCAAGUCUUACAAUAUGAUAUCUGUAUCCAUAUUAUAUACAUUUUAACUUAACUACAGAGAAAGUUGUACUCUGUACAUGUUUCAUUAUGUAGAAGGCAGGAACUGUAACAGAUUUUUCAUAUUAACUUUUGCUGUUGUAACUAUAUAUUUUACUGUCACUUUUACUGCCUCAGAUCACAGAUUUAUUUCAUAGCUCGUCCUUCUUCUCCUGAUGCAGUUGAGCCAAUAUAUCUGGAUCUCUGAUCACAAAGUCUACUCCUUGUGAUAUCUCUGCCUGCACAUCCUAAUAGCUCUAUACAUUGCAAGAAGAUACUGCUCUUUUGCGUCUGCCAUACAAGUUCAGUAAAGGUAUAGGGUUAGGUUAGUUUUGCAAUGCUUUACAAUGAAUAUUUAGAGUCUGUUUUAGUCAAAUCUUUUAUACAAAUAAACUUCAGGAUGCAGAAUUGGGUUUCUCUGAUAUUCUACUCGUGUGUGACACAUAUAAGGGGUUGGGCUCUGAUGUCAAAUUCAGUUUAUUUUAUUUAUGAUUUAUUUUCCUUUUGGCCCUUGUGAAAAAGUGGCCUGAUAACAGUGCAACUUUACCUGAAAGUUUCGGUCAUAAGUCUCUUGAAGGAUUAGUUCACUUUGAAAUGAAAAUUAGCCCACGCUUUAUUCACCCUCAAGCCAUCCUAGGUGUAUAUGACUUUCUUCUUUCUGAUAAAUAUAAUCGCAGAAAUAUUAACAAAUAUCCCGACACAUACAAGCUUUAUAAUGGCAGUGAUAGGGAUCAAUGAGUAUGAGCUGAAGAAAGUGCUUCCAUCCACAUCCAUCAUAAAUAUGUGCUCCACACCUUCUGAAUCAAAGCGAUGUGUUUGUGUAAAAAAAAAAAAAAAAAAAAAAAUCCAUAUUUAAACAAGUUAUGAAGUAAAAUAUCUAGCUUCCGCAUGAGCCGCCUUCCGUAUUCAAUGUACGAAGAAAGUGUAAAACUCUUGCAGUUCACAAAGCUUACACUACAUCCUACGCCUUUCCUAUUCAACUUGCGGAAAAAGUGUAACUGACGUGACGCCAGUUUACACUUUCUUUGUAACUUCAAUACGGAAGGCGGUCUGGUGGAAGCUACAUAUUUUACUUCAUAACUUGUUUAAAUAUGGA